CAUGGCCGAUCCUCGCGUGAGGCAGAUCAAGAUCAAGACAGGCGUGGUGAAGCGGUUGGUCAAAGAAAAAGUGACGUAUGAGAAAGAAGCAAAGCAACAAGAAGAAAAGAUAGAAAAGAUGAAGGCUGAGGACGGUGAAAACUACGCCAUUGAGAAGCAGGCAGAAAUCCUGCAAGAGUCCUGGAUGAUGAUCCCAAAUUGCCAGCGCCGGUUAGAGGCUGCAUAUACUGAUCUUCAGCAGAUAUUAGAAAGUGAAAAAGACUUGGAAGACGCCGAGGAGUAUAAAGAAGCGAGUGUAGUUCUGGAUUCAGUGAAGUUAGAGGCCUGAAGUUUUGCUGUAAAGGGUGUUUUUUGC